UGGAUUCAACGUUAUGAUUGGGAGAGAAGCAAAGGGGGAAAAAUAAUGUGGGGAUUAGCUGUUGGACUGACAUAUGAAAAAACGUGCACCAAUUUCUCAAAUCAGAAAUCCUUCUUCCCAUUGAGAAGCAGCUGCUCUGUUCACACUGUGCUCGUCGUUGUUGUUGUUCUUCUUCUUUUGCCUGCAAAAUUUGGAAUUAGAUGAAAAUCUGCAGCAAUCCAUGACCACCAAUGAGCCUUCCAUCUCCGCCAAUGAUAACCUAAAGGGUUUCCUUCUUGCUAUGUUGUCCAGUGCCUUUAUUGGCUCCAGUUUCAUCAUCAAGAAGUUGGGUCUUCGUCGCGCCGGCGCCUCGGGUUCUCGAGCCAGUUCUGGUGGAUAUGGAUAUCUAUUAGAGCCACUUUGGUGGAUCGGCAUGAUUACCAUGAUUGUUGGGGAAUUUUCAAAUUUUGUGGCUUAUGUUUAUGCUCCUGCCAUUCUUGUGACACCACUUGGAGCAAUAAGUAUAAUUGUUAGUGCUGUACUUGCACAUUUUUUCUUGAAGGAAAGAUUGCAGAAAAUGGGUGUAUUGGGGUGUGUUUUAUGUGUUGUAGGGUCUACAAUGAUUGUGCUACAUGCACCUGGUGAACGUACUCCGAGUUCGGUAGACGAGAUAUGGGAACUAGCUAUUCAACCAACUUUCCUUCUCUAUACGGCUUCGGUGAUAGCUAUCGUGUUGUUUCUGGUGUUGUAUUGUGAACCCCGAUAUGGACAGACGAACAUACUCAUUUACGUUGGGAUAUGUUCCAUAAUUGGAUCGUUGACGGUAAUGAGUAUCAAAGCUAUUGGCAUUGCGAUAAAGCUUACGUUGGAGGGUUGGAGUCAGGUUGCUCACUUCCAAACAUGGGUCUUUGUAAUGGUUGCAAUCUCGUGCAUAAUUAUUCAGUUGAAUUACUUAAACAAGGCUUUGGAUACAUUUGACACUGCGGUUGUUUCGCCCAUUCAUUAUGCAAUGUUCACAUCUUUCACCAUCUUCGCCAGUGUCAUAAUGUUCAAGGAUUGGUCGGGUCAGAGUGCUAGCAGCAUUGCAUCAGAACUCUGUGGAUUUGUAACCAUACUUUCUGGGACCGUCGUCUUGCACGAUACAAGAUCGCCCGAUCCUGCCUCUGUUUCAGAGAUGUACAUGUCUGUCUCGCCUCAAGUGUCGUGGUAUUUCCCCGCAAACGGCGAUACCUGGAAACGACAAUCCGAAGAAAUGCUAUUGCCAGAUUUUGAUGCAAUCCUCAAACAAGACCAUUUCACAUGAGAUCAAAGGUAAUUCAUGCACAUUACUUACUAAUGCAUCUCCACUGCACACCAAACAAAUGCAACUAAAUUUUGGAGAAAUCUGCAUAUAUAGUUAGUUUAAUGCGUUAUUUGGUAGAACGGUUUCAGCGGAGUUUCGUUUUCUUUCUCUGCUCGACCGUUCGAGAUUGAAGAACGAGUAGGGCUUGUGCAACGUAGUAUGUACUUUGUAACAAUUCAUUUUGUUCCUAAGAACACAGCUUCUUCCCAUCCCUUUUCACCUUUAGGCCUCUAACACCUCCCUCUCUCAUAACAUUAUUUUGUAAAGUAGAACAGAUCUUGUGGAUCAAAAAUGUAAUCUGCUUUGUUUUGUGUGUAUACUUUUUGUUCA